ACGUCCCGCAGGCCGGUGGAAGUAGCUGAUACUCUCAUUGGUUGCAAAACCUUGAUCUGUGAAAGCGGGUGUUUUGGAGGAUACCGGAAGUAGAGUCACGGAGAGGUAUUAAGAAAUGGAGAGAAAAAUAAGCAGAAUCCAUCUUGCUUCUGAACCCAAUAUAACUCAUUUUCUACAAGUAUCUUGGGAGAAAACACUGGAAUCUGGUUUUGUUAUUACACUUACUGAUGGUCAUUCAGCAUGGACUGGGACAGUUUCUGAAUCAGAGAUUUCCCAAGAAGCUGAUGACAUGGCAAUGGAAAAGGGGAAAUAUGUUGGUGAACUGAGAAAAGCAUUGUUGUCAGGAGCAGGACCAGCUGAUGUAUACACGUUUAAUUUUUCUAAAGAGUCUUGUUAUUUCUUCUUUGAGAAAAACAUGAAAGAUGUCUCAUUCAGACUUGGUUCCUUCAACCUAGAGAAAGUUGAAAACCCAGCUGAAGUCAUUAGAGAACUUAUUUGUUAUUGCUUGGACACCAUUGCAGAAAAUCAAGCCGAAAAUGAGCACCUGCAGAAAGAAAAUGAAAGGCUUCUGAGAGAUUGGAAUGAUGUUCAAGGACGAUUUGAAAAAUGUGUGAGCGCUAAGGAAGCUUUGGAGACUGAUCUUUAUAAGCGGUUUAUUCUGGUGUUGAAUGAGAAGAAGACAAAAAUCAGAAGUUUGCAUAAUAAAUUAUUAAAUGCAGCUGAAGAACGAGAAAAGGACAUCAAACAAGAAGGGGAAACUGCAAUCUGUUCUGAAAUGACUGCUGACCGAGAUCCAGUCUAUGAUGAGAGUACUGAUGAGGAAAGUGAAAACCAAACUGAUCCCUCUGGGUUGGCUUCAGCUGCUGUAAGUAAAGAUGAUUCCAUUAUUUCAAGUCUUGAUGUCACUGAUAUUGCACCAAGUAGAAAAAGGAGACAGCGAAUGCAAAGAAAUCUUGGGACAGAACCUAAAAUGGCUCCUCAGGAGAAUCAGCUUCAAGAAAAGGAAAAAGGGAGGAAGAAGGAGACUUCAGAGAAAGAGGCCAUGUGAUGGAAGCAAAAUGAGAGAGAAAAGAUGCUAAGCUGCUGCCUUUAAAUAAGGAGGAAGAGAACGUGAGCCAACAGAUCCAAGAACUGAAGCUCUAGGCAGUGGAAAAGCCAAGGAAACUGAUCUUCCCUUCGAGCCUCCGGAGGGAGUGUAGCCCUGCCAACACCUUUAUUUUAGCCCCACAACAGUCAUUUCAGACUUGUGGCCUCCAGAAUUGUAAGAGAAUGAAUUUUUAUUGUAUUAAGCCAUCAAGUUUGUGGUAGUUUGUGGUAAUUUAGCCAUAAGAAACUAAUACACAUAAGGAAUUUGAUGCUCAAAAAGUCGUGGGAAAGCCAGCACUGGGCUCUAGCAGGCCGGUGAGAGUGAUCCACGUUGGCUGCCAUUAGAACACAAGAAGCCGGAGGAUGAAGAGAGGUUGAUUGAUGGGUACAAGCACACAGUUAGGUAGAAGAAAUAAGACCUAGUGAUCAAAAGAUCACCAGGGGACUAUAAUCAACAAUAUUGUAAUUUCAAAAUAGCUAGAAGAGAAUUAAUUUGAAUAUUCCUAGCAUUAAGAAAAGACAAAUAUUUAUGGUGAUGGAUAUCUAAAUUACCCUAAUUUGAUCUUUAUACAUUAUAUGAAUGUAUCAAAUUAUCACAUGUGUACCCAAAAUAUAUACAUCUAUUACGUAUCAAUUAAAAAAUAGAAAAAAAUCCUUAGAACCUUUUGCCACAGGAAAUGAAAUAUUUUAAUUUCAAUUUAUAAAUAUAUUUUGUAUCAGAGAAGUAUAAUAAUGUCAGCAAUAAAAGACUUUCAACCAUAAAAAAA